GCGGUCAGCGCAAGUGGGCCAGCGUGCUCUUUCAUGCUGCAAGCUCCGCUCUUGCUGCUUGGCCAGAGAACGGUGAGCGUCGGCGAGUCGGGAACGCUGCGGCUCGUGCACGUGUCGGACGCGCACUACCACCCGUUCGCCACAGCCUGCGAAGACGUGCCGCGAGGCGCCGGUCCUUGCACGCACAGGAACACGACGCAGUUCCUCGCCUCGGUGCUGCACGUUGAGCGGCCGGACCUGGUCGCAUUCACUGGCGAUGUCAUCGACGGCGACUCUUCUCCACCGCAGCUCGCAAUGGCGCAGCUGUACGGCGUGGCCGGCGCGCGGCCUUGGGCCGCCUCGCUCGGCAACCACGACGAGGAGUCGACGCUGAGCCGCGACGAGGUGCUCGCGUACGUCACGACGCUGCGCGGCUCGCUGACCGAGCACGGGCCGGUGAAGGGAUCGCCGGGCAACUUUUACCUCGACGUCGUCGCGGCGGGCGCGGCGGCGGCGGGCGAGGCGGCGAUGCCGGCGCAUGUGGCCGCGCCAGACGCGCGGCGUGCGGUGGACGGGGAGAAGGGUGCGCCCGAGCUCAACGCCUCCGGGCGGUCUGAGCCGAGCAAAGAGGGCGAGGCGGCGGGCGGCAAGUUGGUGGUUGCGCGGCUCGUCUUUUUCGACAGCCGGAAGGACCACGUGCGGCAGAUGAUCAGCGACGCCCAGCUCGCCUGGUUUGUCGAGACGGUGGGCUCCUUGCCGCGCGUGCCGACGCUGGCCUUCUACCACAUUCCGCUGCACGAGUACGAGGUCGCCCCGAGCACGAGCCCCGAGAUUGCCCGAGAUCGCGAUGAGCCGAGAGACUCGCCGAGCUUGACCGAGAUCGAGGCGUGCCGAGAUUUGCCGAGAUUUAUCGAGCUCGAGACUCGGCGGCGGUCGCUGUGAGGACGCCCGAGAUCGCCCGAGAUUGCCGUAGAUCGCCCGAUAUCGCCCGAGAUUCAGGCGGCGGUCGCUGCGGGGGUGCCAAUGUCGGGCGAGAUGCGCGAGCCGGUCUGCAGCGACGGGCCGAACCCGCGCGUCUUCCCCGCGCUCAAGGAGGGGGGCGUCGUCGCCGGCUUUUGCGGCCACGACCACACAAACGACUUUUGUGCCGCGUGGCAGGGGGUGCAGCUCUGCUACGAGGGGUCGCCCGGCUUCACCGCAUACGGCAGGUGCGACGACGGCGGGCGGAGCUGCUACAUGCGCCGCGCGCGCGUGACGGAGCUGCAGAUCGACGUGGGGCGGCGCCGCCUCGCCGCCGUGCGGACCUGGAAGCGAGUCGACGCCGGCGGCAGCGUCGCGGCGGCGGCGCGGCUCGACGACGAGUUGCUGUGGACGUCUGCGAACCGGAGCGCCGGCUUGGUGGGCGCGCAGCGCACUGUGUGUGCCUCCCUCGACGUUGGCCCGCGGCGCGACCAGCCGCGCCGCCGCGCCCCUCCUCCCCACCAUUGGACGUUGUUUGAUUGAGACAGUGGCUUAGAAGAGAAUAGAGAUCUGAGUACUGAGAUGCGGCGCGUGCGCAGUCGAUUGGGAGAGUUCGAGAGAUUUUGAGAUUCUUCUCUUCGAUUGGUGGACCGCCGCUCAUAUUGGCAUGGCUGGGGAUAUUGCAGCUAGAAACAAACAGAGCCGCGUACACCGCUCAGAGAUAUUUUCAGAGACAGGGAGAGUUUCCCGAGAUCCCGUUGGCGGCGUUGCCGUUAUCUCAUAAAGCCGCCGUAGUACUUCAUUCAUCAUGGGGCGGUUACACCCCGGCGUCCAGAACGAUGUAGCUCAUGAGUCAUGUGUGUAAAGCCGUACCACGGCUUUACGAAGUGGU